AGAUGGAAACUUUACAGCUACAAGGAAAAACACAAGGCAAUCAAAACAUUACACAAGAAAUCUGUCUUUUUCUUGUUUCCCUUUCCUCACGGUAAAAGAUGGAACCAAAAAACUGUGCCUUUCCUUCUCUGUCUCCCUUUUGAAUCGUCUUGACGUCGUUUGAUUAGAUCCAUAUGAAGAUUUUCCGAUUGGAUUUUGCGCAAAACCCAUUUGAUGAAAUGCCACCAGUUUAAAUAAGGGAAAUAAAUUGGGUGAACCCUCUCCCAUGGGAUGGAAGACCCACUGCAUAAUUUUGGUAAAAAUCAAGGGCAAGGGCAGACUGCUGUUUAUAAGAGAAAAAUAAUUGCUUCUAGUCUUAAAGCAUGUCCUCUGAGUGCUUACAAGCAUAUAGUUUCUUCAAGUCAUGGUAAUGGCCCAGUCGGUCAGGUAGCAAUAUUUUUACUAAAAGUUGCUGCGUUAGAGACAGUGCGAAGGGUUUCGAGGUGUAAAUGUCCCCAUGUGUGGAAUGGUCUUCAGGCUUUGCAACUUCUUUGCUAUCCACCUUUUAAGUGGAUUCAAAGAUGGGCUCCCUUCAAGGGCUUGGUUAAAGGCGUACAGAUGUUUUCAAGGCCAUUAUUAGUCCUUUCGGUUGCAACGGCUAUAUCUGAUCAAUCAAACCGCAGCGGUGAAAACUCAAAUGGCACUAGUAAUUCUCAUGCUGAUUCAGAAACAUGUUCUGAGUCGCUCUCUGCACAUUCUUCUUUUGAAACUAGAACUUCUAGUGGGGCCUCUCAAAGUCUAGCAUCUGAAAAUUGGUUGAUACAACUGCUUACAGAACUAGAAAAUCAAGGAAUCACAUUACCAGAAAGAAUUAAUGAGAACGAGCUCCGUAGAUUUUAUACUGCUGCAAAUGGGGACUUUUCAUGCUUUUUAUUGUCAAUUAAGAAGACAAUCCGUUGGAGGGAGACUUACAGAAUUCUUUCACAACAAGAGCUUGAAAUGUGGUCAAAUAUGGUCUUCUGGCAUGAUCUUGAUAUGCUGAACCGACCUUGCCUCAUUGUGCGGCUUGGUCUAGCUUGUUCCAACUUGCCAUCUCAUGAGAGACCUCGAUUUGCUCAAGCAAUCAUAUCUCAGGUAGAGCAUGGAGUCCAGCAUUUAGUUGAUGAAGAUAGUCCACAGAUUACAGUUAUUGUGGAUUGUGAUGGCAUAUCUCCAUUGAAAAUCCCCAUGCAAAUAAUGAGAUCCUGUUCUACACUUCUGCAAGAUAACUUCCCCAAUUGUCUUGGCCAUUUGCUUGUUAUACGGCUUCCUCCAGUAGUUCGAGUAAUUGCACAAACCUUAAUUCAAGUUCUGAAACCUGUCACGAGGAAGAAGCUGAGAAUUGAUGGGAACAUGAACCACAGGGUUCUCUCUAAGUACCUUAAAACAAUCCCAUCAUGUUUUGGAGGCAAUUGCACUUGUCAGAUAUGCUCAGACAUUCACGUUAGGCAGCAGCCUCGAUCUAUAAAUGAGAUCGACAUGGCUAGGCCUUAUUUUAGUGAUGGUGAGGAUCUUCCUUCACCUCGACAGACUAGUCAGGCUGAUGUUCACGUGAGUGAUAACUGGAACCACUUGUUGAGAACUCUUGUAAUUGGCAUUCUUAUGGUGUGGCUUGUUAUAGCACUCAUAGCUGGAAUAUAUGAUCCCGAGAGCCGUCCCUUUUAGUCUUCUCAAGGCAGAGUAAAGCAGACCUUCUGUUUUCGUAAUUUUCAGGUUGCUUAUCCCUGCGAAUCCUAUUCCUACGGUGGCCAAAAUAAAUGUUUGUAAGAAUAAGAAUGAUUUAAACUGUUGAGAAAAAAUGUAUUUUUUUAAUCCAAUUCCUUUUUUCUUAUCA